AUGAGAGAUUUGAUUUAUUCUGAUGAUCCUUCACAUCCAGCCAAUCUUAUACCUGAGUUAUGCAAAUUGUUUUAUGACUUAGGCUGGGUGGAGUUUCUAUUUGCCAAGGGGAAUAUGUAUAUAUUGCACCUUCAGGUGAAUCUUUUAAUAUUAUCAUCUACUUUCCUAUCUUACAAACUUAAAUCUACUAUUAUCACAGGUGUCCAAAAAGAACGAAUGCAUCCAUCCGAUCUGUUUGUUCUUGAACUUUCAACAUGCACUGUUCUUCGUGCGCCAGAAAAUGUAGUAAUGGUCACUUUAUUAUACACUAGAGAAACAUUUGAGAUUACACAUCAAGAGAUGAUCAAAGGUAUUAGACGUGGAAGUGGGAAAGAAAAUUUGCAUUAUUAUGAUACACUAGUGGUCCCUAUUAUAGACAAUACUCCAAAUGAAGAGGAUUUGACAGAAGGAAUGGCACAGGUAAUGGAAAAAUACCCAGAAACAAAUGCUGUCCUUGUUCGGCGUCAUGGUGUUUAUGUUUGGGGAGAAAAGGCAAAGACCAUGACUAAAUGUUAUAAUUAUUUAUUCGAAAUAGCUGUUAAGAUGAAAAAUAUUGGAUUAGAUCCCGCAGCAAAACCGAAAGAAUAA